AUGACAUGGACAUCACCUACAGACGCCAUGCCAUGGGUGGGAUUGUAUAUUUGUGCAGCAUCUCUGGUUUGCACUCUAGCAAUGGCAGCCGAUGUCUUCCGAGGCUUUCAACAAUGGAAGCUCUGGUUUCCAUGCAGAUUUUUUACCAUUAAUUCUGUUUCCAUUACACUGAUAGCAAUAUCAACGAAGCUACCCGUAGAUCUAAGCAGUGCCUUGACAGGACAUGAGAUUGAAGCAAAGUUUGUGAGUAUCACUUUCUUGGUCAUCAUGUUAGCCAACUUUCUCCCAUCUUUAGGUCUUAUGAAUGACAAGGAACUUGUGCUGAAUACCGUGGCCUUAUGUAUCCUCAUGCUCACCAUUACUGUAAACAUGUUGAUCCAAGUUAUUAGUGCUUCAGCGAGUUUGUCAAUGGCCACAAUAAUCCUUUUAUUUAUACUACCAAUUCCAUGGCCAAUUUCAGUAGCCUUGACAGUUUCAGCAACUAGAAGAGUUUUACAACAACGAUACAAAGAGUUACACAUUUUGGCUUCUAAUCAUCAAGAUAUAAACUUCUCCAGCAAGGGACUCAUACGAUAUGUUAAAAAGUAUUGGAUGAUGGCAGAGACUGGUAACCCACAAUUUGCAAUUGCUUGUUCGCCUGUGUCUUCUGCUUUUGGGGUUAUAUGCUCAAUCCUUGCUUCCAUUUCAGUUUUUAUUUUGAUGGACCAGUUUGUUGAUAAAUCAAAUUUUCGGAAUGAUGCAUCAGAUUAUAAGUGGUCAAUCAGUGCAAUUAUUAUCUUGCAAUCAAUUGGGGUGAUAAUAGGUAGUAUAGCACCAAUUUUCAGAUGUUUAUCUGCCACCAGUCAUUUCAAUCUCUCCAAGAAAUGGAGCAAGAAUCAUCUAAACGUGUUCCGAGUCGAGAAGUAUUGGAUAAAAAGGCUUCAGCUGUGGAAAAGCAGCCCUAUCCCUACGCAUAUCCCAAGCCACCGUUGCAAGAAGGUUUUUCAUAAUAUCCGAAAUAUGAUUUUGAACUUAUGUAUAGCACUUCAGAUAAUGAUUAUAGUUACAUGUAACAUGAUAAGUCUUAUUCCCAGAUGUUUUCUUAUCUUAUUCUCAUGUUGUUACUAUUUCGGCAAGUAUUUCUUGAAAACGUUUACUGAAGAACCAAAUGCAUCUGAUUGCAAUGCGAUAUCAGAAAUGGAAGAAUAUAGUGGUUAUGUCCUACAGAUUGAUCCGGAUGUGAAGCUUUCAAUGAGAAUAUUGCGAAAUGUGCUAAACUCUAUAACUCGACUUCUUCACGAGUCUGAAAAGAAAGAGUCAAGGAAUCUUAUGAAGCUUCUCGAGAAAUCUACAGGAUUCAAUGGAGUAGUAGAGUUCGACAAUGAACAGGUCCCACCUUUACAUCUGGAAGAAACCCAGAAUUGCUGGAGCCUAGUAGCAGUGACACUAACUGCCAUUGCCCUUGCACUUCCCAAAAUUGCAAACUGCCAUGUCAAGGGGUUACUUUCAAGUAUGAGGGAAGGUCUCCAAUUUGUAAGACAUAUGGAAGAAAGCCUCAAUGCAAAUGGUGAGUUGGUAAAGGCAAGAAAAGCAGCAAGACGUGUGUGGACAGAUGUUGAAGUACACUGCAAAUGGCUACAAAUUGAUCUUCAAAAGACUGCUAGAAAUGGAAAAACUUCAAAGGAGAUUCUUCAAUGGUUGGGUGAUGAAGCUGCGAAAAUUGUGAUACAGUUUAAGAUAAGGAAAAAUGUAAGUCUGGAUUACUCACUUCGUAAGUUCAUUGCUGCGAGUUCCAUGUAUAGAAUCAGUCAAACCAUACUGCUUCAUUGCAAUGAGCAAGAAAAUUGGCCAACAGAUGAUGAACUAUUUGAGUUUAUAUCAACCAUAAUUGCAGAUCUGCUAUGUGCUUGCUUUACCAGCUUACCACGUGUCAUAACUAUGAAGUGCCAUGAAGAUGCAAUAGAGAAAAGGGAAGAGAGCAUUCAAAUUGCAGCUCAGCUUCUUGGUAGAUCCAAAAAAAUCCUGAAAUUGCUUAAAAAACACCAACUUCCCAACUUAGACAUGGAGUCAAUGGGGUAUAUUGAUAAGUGGCAUGCAUUAUCUAAGAGUCAGAUACCCAACGGUAAUUCAGCAAGGAUUCAACCAGCUUCUUCAAGUUCUAAUGCAUCUUUCGUAGUAACUAUUAUAUAA